AUUUAAAUGCAUUUCUCAGUUCAAUGCUAUUCAUUGCUUGAAAUAAUAUUUUUUAUUUCAAUUGCAUUUCAGGACUGUUAUGACAAAACCGAAAGAGUUUUUUAAGAAUCGUUUCGCCAGUACUGAAAACGUUAGUUCAGCAGAAAAGACAAACGAGGAAACGGUGGGCGCUGUAAGCGGUGCGACGAACGCUGACAUUGAAUGCGGAGACACAACCACUGGUAACAAAUAUGGUGUGAGUGGAGGCCAAACGGGCGGUCACUUCGCGCACAGUCAUAGUCACAGUCACAGCACUAAAUACACAUCCGAUGACGAAAGCUCUAGUAUGACGUCGGGUUCCGGCCAUUUGGGUGCGCACGCGGUCGCCGGCACCGGCACUGGCGGCUCGUUUAGUCCCCUCCGCAAGAACACAGUCCUUCAGGCGUCCACUCAUUUACCGCCGCCGCCCGACACUGCCGUCACGCCCACCGCUCUCAUCGAUAUGGAGCAGAUUGUCAUUGAAUUGAAAGAACGCCGCGAAGAAUGUCGACGAAUGUCCGAAGACGUGGAUUCGCUCAAGAGUCAACUCCAGAACGAAUGCUCUGUAUUUCAUCAGUCAUUGCAAGAGGAAAGGUAUCGGUUUGAGGUAUAGAGCGAUACAU